CCCUUUUCCCUCCAAUUUCUGAGCCCCACACCCCCUGAUCAUCCACUCUAACCUCUCCCUAGUUUCCCUUCCACAUUGAACACUGGAUCAUAUACUGCGUAGAAAGUCACAGAAUCUGGAUCAUCAUCAGCACCGAGAGCAAUGGAGAUUCAGGACAGCCAGCAGGAAUCUUGGUCGGAGACGGAGACGAGCACGGGAGGCCGAAGCACUCCGGGAGGCUUCAGUGGGCCUCUUAGUGGUCCAUUAGUGUCCACCAAGAGGAAGAAUAAGAGAUCAAAGAAGGAUGAACAAGAGUACGUGGAAAUAACGCUGGACGUGCGCGAUGACUCUGUUUCCGUCCAAAACAUACGUGGCGGGGAUCCCGAGACGGCCAUCCUGGCCAGCCGUCUCGAGAAGAGGCCUUCCUCUCUGGGCUCUCAGCUGUCCUUCAAAUUGAGACAGGUCUCGCAGGAGCUCAGACGCAUGACCUCUUCCAACAACAGGUUCGACAAGAUGGACCGGACCAAGUCUGGAGCUGCUCGUGCCUUACAAGGACUCAAGUUCAUUUCAAAGAGCAUCGGAUCCGACGACUGGUCGCCGGUGGAGCAGCGCUUUGACGAGUUAGCUGUUGAUGGAAAACUUCCCAAAACCCGCUUUAGCCACUGCAUAGGAAUGGAGUCCAGUGAGUUCGCUGGUGAAUUAUUCGAUGCAUUAGCUCGUCGCAGGGGCAUUACCUCUGCUUCCAUAACCAAGGAUGAGUUACGAGAAUUUUGGGAACAAAUCACGAACCAGAGCUUUGAUUCAAGGCUCCAGACCUUUUUCGACAUGGUGGACAAGAAUGCGGACGGACGAAUAACGGAGGAAGAAGUGAAAGAGAUUAUCGGCUUAAGCGCUUCCGCGAAUAAGCUGUCAAAAAUACAAGAUCGCGUGGAAGAAUACGCUGCACUGAUUAUGGAGGAACUGGACCCCAACAAUCUGGGAUACAUCGAGGUGUACAACUUGGAAAUGCUGCUCCUGCAAGCGCCAGCAAAGUCGGCGCACUUAACGUCGGGAAGUAGAGUAAUGAGCCAGAUGCUGAGCCAGAAGCUAGUGCCGACGAAAGAGAGCAACCCCAUCAAGAGGUUGCUUCGACGGCUGAGGUACUUCGUGGAGGACAAUUGGAAACGUAUUUGGGUGAUAGCGUUGUGGGUUUCCAUAUGCGCCGCCCUUUUUGCCUGGAAAUUCGUACAGUACAAGCACCGGGCUGUGUUCCACGUCAUGGGCUACUGUGUUUCAACCGCCAAAGGUGGCGCCGAGACUCUCAAGUUCAACAUGGCCCUCAUCCUGUUACCUGUUUGCAGAAACACCAUUACUUGGCUUCGAAGCAGGCCCAAGCUAGGCGCCAUCAUUCCCUUUGACGACAACAUUAAUUUUCACAAGGUGAUAGCCUUCGGCGUUGCAAUUGGGGUCGGGCUGCACGUGAUACCGCAUCUCACCUGCGACUUUCCGAGGUUAUUGCAUGCCACGGACUCCGAGUAUGAGCCCAUGAAGCAAUUUUUUGGGGAUAAGAGGCCCAACAAUUACUGGUGGUUCGUUAAAGGGACUGAGGGUUGGACCGGGUUGGUAAUGCUCGUACUUAUGGCCAUAGCCUACAUUUUGGCCCAACCUUGGUUUCGCCGGAAUAGGCUAAACCUCCCCACAACUAUCAAAAAGCUCACCGGCUUCAAUGCUUUUUGGUACUCCCACCAUCUCUUCGUCAUCGUCUACGUGCUUUUCAUCAUUCAUGGAUACUUCCUUUACCUCUCCAAGAAGUGGUACAAGAGAACGACAUGGAUGUAUCUCGCCGUUCCAAUGUUACUGUACGCAUGCGAACGACUGAUUCGUGCUUUUAGGUCGGGCUACAAAACUGUGAGAAUUUUGAAGGUUGCAGUUUACCCGGGGAAUGUAUUGGCGUUGCACAUGUCUAAACCACAAGGGUUUAAGUACACCAGUGGCCAAUACAUUUACGUCAACUGCUCAGAUGUCUCCCCAUUUCAAUGGCAUCCCUUUUCUAUUACAUCAGCUCCAGGAGAUGACUACGUUAGCAUUCACAUUCGGACUUUGGGUGACUGGACAUCGCAGCUCAGAGCUGUUUUCGCCAAGGCAUGCCAGCCAGCAAAUGAUGGCCAAAGUGGUCUCCUACGUGCUGACAUGUUACAAGGAAACAACAAACCCAGGAUGCCGAGGCUCUUGAUUGAUGGCCCUUACGGAGCUCCGGCACAAGACUACAAAAACUAUGAAGUCCUCCUUCUUGUGGGCCUUGGAAUUGGUGCGACCCCUUUGAUCAGCAUACUCAAAGACGUGCUAAACAACAUUAAGCAGCAGAGUGACACGGAAGAAGGAACGGUAGAGAAUGGGUUUAGGAGCCACAAGAGGAAACCUUUCGUCACCAAGAGGGCCUAUUUCUAUUGGGUCACUCGUGAGCAAGGUUCCUUCGAGUGGUUUAAGGGCGUGAUGAACGAGAUUACAGAGAACGACAAUGAUGGUGUGAUCGAGCUUCAUAACUAUUGCACGAGCGUCUAUGAAGAAGGAGAUGCUCGAUCGGCACUGAUCACAAUGCUUCAAUCUCUCCACCAUGCUAAAAAUGGCGUUGACAUAGUUUCAGGAACAAGGGUCAAAACCCAUUUUGCUAGACCUAAUUGGCGUAAUGUCUUUAAGCAUGUGGCCCUCAAGCACCCUGACCAAACAGUCGGUGUUUUUUACUGUGGGGCGCAUGGAUUAGUUGGGGAUCUAAGAAGGCUUUCUCAGGACUUUUCCAGGAAAACCUCAACCAAGUUUGAUUUUCACAAGGAGAACUUUUAGAUUCUUUUCUACUAGUUCGAAAUUUUAUCAAUUGUAUUAUAUGUUAUAUAGAAUCAGUGUAAUUUUUGUCCUUCUCUUUCGCGUGAGGAUUGUUGAUGCAUGUUUAUUACAGGUAGUAGAUCAAAGGCUGUAUUUUAAACAUAGGUUUGUCAAGUAUUUGCAUUCACUUCCAGGGAACGUGAAGUGAUGCUGUUGUAAGCUUUCAUACGAUCAAAAAGAAUCAAGUAGCUAUUGCCC